CUAAGAACAGAGUUUCCUUUGGUUGAAGAAGAAUUGCUUUUAUAUUCGCUGACUGUCACAGCCUUUCCCGAUAAAGGUUUCAACUUGAAACUUAAAUCGAAGGAAAAGUACUACCCAAUGGUGAAUGCCAUUGACAGUGUUUACCAUGUCCAGUUUGAUAUUAAUGACCUCCGGAACUACUUUUAUCGUGUAACAAACAAUUUAGUGAAAGGUCUUGGGAUAGUGAAUGGUACAGUGCACUGGAUGUACUAUAAAGAAAGUGCUGUUGAAGUUUUAAAUGGCUUCAAACCCGUUUUGGAAGAAUUGCUCAUUGAUUCAAAUUCUGUGGAAAGAGAUAGAGUUGAGAAUUUGCGAAGUGUCCUAAGCAAGGAGUGUUCAAAACUGGUAGAAUCCAGUAAUAGUGCAAGUGCUGAUGUAACAGUUGUGAGUCAAGAUACAAGGAGUGGGUCAGAAAUGUUAGAUCUGGAGAAUAUUGAACAGGUUUCUAUCCUCCAGAAAUUCCUUCGGUGGAAAGUAAAUUACAAUGCAAUCAGAAAGUCAGGCCACCUUUUUUUUUUCUCUGGUAAUGACGGUUAUGCGGAAGUAGAGAUAAUAAUUAAUUCUGACCAGUCAUGGUAUAUUGUUUUGGAUGGCAAAAAAAGAGACAGUGCAAAGAUACUUGGAGAAUGGGCAGACAUACCUGGUGUUAUAACUUUAGUCUCAGAACUACAGUUACUGAUGUCCACAGUUGAGAAUUGUCGAAUUUGCAGGGGGUGUCCGUAUUAAAAUUUUAAAGAUGUUGUUCCGGUUAAUGAAAAUGAACCAGUCUUUCAUACAAAGAGUAAUGAUGGAGCAGCUUACAUUGUGUGUAGGCGCUCUCAUUUUCAUGAAAAAAUUAUCAGAUCCAUGACUUGCGUGGUGUUUCUCCCUGGAAGUGAUGACCUAGUCCACAAAAGAACAGUCUGUGAAUUUUGCUUCAAAACAGAACACUAUUUGCACACCUAAAAAUCCAGAUAUUAUCAGAAGUCACUGGAUGAAAAAAAUGAUGAGUCCACUGCGAAACUAAAGCCAGGCCAAACGUUUGCAGUUAUGUCUAAAGAAGAACUUCUCAAAAUAACAAGACAACAAUCCAGUGAGCUAAAGGCUCUUCAUAAAAGG